AUGGCCCCAGUGGGAGGGAUUCCCGCCAGCAUCCAAGUCUUGCAGAGUACAAAGCAACAGCUCUACCUCUACCUCAGCUGCAGGCCAGCACAGCUUAUCAUAGGCAGCCAGUGCCGGCCUGCACAGCACAUCUACAACUGGGCCAGAUACCAUCACAAUGAGAAAUAUAUGCGAGCCCAUAGGGACAAGUCGCCCUCAUCACCACCAUCGACUGCCCUGUCAACACCAGGAAGACAACGGACAGCAGCGUCUCUAUUCCAGCCACCCAGUCCGCCUCUCUCGAACUUCUCGUCAGCCCAAUGCCAGGCUGCAACAUCUCCUCUCUCCCUGCUAUCCCUAUCAUCAAUCACUCGUUCCUUGUUCACCACUGCAUUGUCCUCUUCUCCUCUACUCCUGACAUCUGCAAUGAACAUCCUGUCUUUUAUAGCGGAUUCAAAAUCAGCGUUAUUGAAUCCUGACCGCAAUAUCGUAUUGAAUUAUAUCCUGCGGAAAACUCUCUACUUGCAGUUCUGCGCUGGAGAGAAGCCACAUGAAGUUCAGCGUUGCAUCGACGAUAUCAGAAAAGCUGGAUUCUCAGGCAUUAUCCUUGGAUAUGCACGAGAAGGUGUAAUGGAUGAAAAGGAAGCUGCAGCACUGCUUGCAGUGGAUAGCAGCAAUGCAGAUCCAACGGAAGUUGAAAAGAAGAUCACGGAAUAUGAAGUCAACUCCUGGAAAGAGGGGAACCUUCAUACGGUUGAUUUGGCCGGUGAAGGCGGGUUUGUGAAUAUUAAAUUCACAGGAGCAGGGAGCGACGCGCUUCAGUACCUGCUACGGGGUAUACCUCCACCGCCAUUACUUUAUGAAGCCAUGAUUGAAAUCUGUGAUAGGGCGGUAGCUCGAAAUGUUCGAUUGUUAAUUGAUGCGGAGCACCAGGCUGUUCAACCAGCUAUCGAUGCUUGGGCACUCGAGUUGCAACGCAAGUACAACGACCGCAGCGAUAGCAUGGCGAGCGAAAGGGCCUUGGUGUAUAACACAUACCAGGCUUACCUUCGAUCAACCCCAAAGACUCUAUCUCAGCAUAUGUCCAUGGCACAGGAAGAAGGGUUUGUUCUGGGUGUCAAGCUGGUUAGAGGCGCAUACCUGGGAACCGAGCCAAGGCAUUACAUCUGGGACACCAAAGAAGAAACAGAUACCGCGUACGAUGGCCUGGCUGACGCAUUGAUAAGGAGAGAAUAUAAAGACGUCCUCAAGUACCAUGUUCUCUCACCCUCGCCAACAUCUCCAACUUCAGUUCCUUCAAAGGCGCCAAAUCCAGGAACACGGAACCAUCCAUUCCCAGAAGUCGACUUGCUCGUUGCCUCGCAUAAUCGCAAUUCUGUCAAGCGGGCACAGGACAUUCGAAACCAUCAGAGUCACACAGGACAAACACAGAUUGGGCUAGCGUAUGGCCAGAUUUAUGGAAUGGCCGACGAGCUGAGCUGUGAGCUCAUUCACCGAGGCAAGAUCUGCUAUGAAGGCGAGGAUGUUGACACCACGAUGCUAGUUAAACCAAAGGUCUACAAGGCAGUGGUCUGGGGAUCGGUGCGAGAAUGCAUGAGAUAUCUUGUUCGUCGAGGACAAGAAAACAAGGAUGCAGCGUCGCGGACCUCGGACACCAGGCGAGCAAUGGCGAAGGAGCUGAGGAGGAGGCUAUUCGGAUUUUAA